UUGCCAUCAUGGACAGCGUCUUAAUAGCCGUGAUGGCGUAUGACCGGUUUGUGGCCAUUUGCCACCCCUUACACUAUGCCACCAUCGUGAGUCUGCGCGUCUGUGUCCUGCUGGUUGGUGGCCCGUGGGUGUUUUCCUGUUUCGUGUCGCUCAUCCACACCCUCCUUAUGGCCCGCCUGGUUUUCUGUGGCACCAAUGAGCUUCCCCACUACUUCUGUGACCUCACUCCCCUUCUCCGACUUUCUUGCACCGACACAUCCGUGAACCAGAUCUUUGUGCUCUUCGUGGCCGGGAUGGUGAUCGCCACGCCCCUCGUCUGCAUCCUGGCCUCCUACGCUCGCAUCAUUGUCGCCAUCGUGAAGGUGCCCUCCGCAGGUGGCAGGAAGAAAGCCUUUUCCACCUGCAGCUCUCACCUCUCCGUGGUCGCCCUCUUCUAUGGGACCACCAUUGGGGUCUAUCUGUGCCCCUCAUCGGUCCGCACCGCUGUGAAGGAGAAAGCUUCUGCCGUCAUGUACACAGCAGUCACCCCCAUGCUGAACCCCUUUAUCUACAGCCUGAGGAACAGAGACCUGAACGGGGCCCUGAGGAAGCUCGUCAGCAAAAAGAUCGGCUCAUCUUCCUGA